GCGACUUUGAGAGGCCGGAAGUCGAGCUGCCGUUGCUCGCAGUUUCAAAAAUGCUGCGGAGGCCUUAGGAGCUCUUCCUGCCGCCCCUCCCCCAGCUCGGAGGGGAAGCGACUCGUGGCGCGACCGUAAGUUUGCUGACUGCAGAGUCUUCACUGCCAAAAUGACAUCACAUUCCACCUCUGCCCAGUGCUCAACAUCUGACAGUGCUUGCAGAAUAUCUUCAGAAAGAAUCAGUCAGCAGGUACGACCAAAACUGCCACUUCUGAAGAUUUUGCAGGCAGCAGGUGCUCAAGGGGAAGUAUUCACUAUGAAAGAGGUAAUGCACUUUCUAGGCCAGUAUAUAAUGGUGAAGCAACUCUAUGAUCAACAGCAGCAACAUAUGGUAUACUGUGGUGGAGAUCUUUUAGGAGAUCUGCUUGGACGUCAGAGUUUUUCUGUGAAAGAUCCAAGCCCGCUCUAUGAUAUGUUGAGAAGGAAUCUUGUCACGUCAGCCUCCGUUAACACAGAUGCUGCUCAGACUCUCGCUCUCGCACAGGAUCACAGUAUGGAUAUUCCAAGUCAAGACCGACUGAAGCACAGUGCAUCAGAAUGUUCCAAUUCCAGAAAAAGAACUGCAGAAGAUGAUACUCAUACACUGCCUACCUCACAAUGUAAAAGCAGAGAUUCUAAACGAGAUGAAGAUUUAAUAGAACAUUUAACUCAAGAUGAGACAUCUAGGCUGGACCUUGACUUUGAGGAGUGGGAUAUUGCUGGCCUUCCAUGGUGGUUUUUAGGGAACUUGAGAAACAACUAUGUACCUAGAAGUAAUGGCUCGACGGAUUUACAGACAAAUCAGGAUAUAGGUACUGCCAUUGUUUCAGACACUACGGAUGAUUUGUGGUUUUUAAAUGAGUCAGUGUCAGAGCAAUUAGGUGUUGGAAUAAAAGUUGAAGCUGCUAAUUCUGAGCAGACAAGUGAAGUAGGGAAAGCACGUGACAAAAAGGUGAUUGAUUUGGGAAAAGAUGAUGAUCUUGAGGACCCUAAGUCCUUGAGUGAUGAUACUGAUGUGGAACUUACCUCCGAGGAUGAGUGGCAGUGUACAGAGUGCAAGAAAUUUAAUUCUCCAAGCAAGAGGUAUUGUUUUCGUUGCUGGGCCUUAAGAAAGGAUUGGUAUUCGGAUUGUUCUAAAUUAACUCAUUCUCUCUCCACAUCUAAUAUUACUGCCAUACAUGAAAAGAAAGAGAAUGAAGGAAUCGAUGUCCCCGAUUGCCGGAGAACCGUUUCAGCUCCAGUUGUCAGGCCUAAAGAUGUGUAUUUAAAAGAAGAGAAUACCAAGUUUAACCCUUGUAACUCAGUGGAGUUUUUGGAUUUGGCUCAUAGUUCUGAAAGCCAAGAGACUAUCUCAAGUGUGAGAGAACAAGCAGAUAUCCUUUCUGAACAGAAAACAGAUACAGAAAGUAUGGAAGAUUUUAAAAAUAUCUUGAAGCCAUGUAGUUUAUGUGAAAAAAGGCCUCGGGAUGGGAACAUUAUUCAUGGGAGAACGAGCCAUUUGACGACGUGUUUCCAAUGUGCCAGAAGACUAAAGAAGGCUGGGGCUUCAUGUCCUUCUUGUAAGAAAGAGAUUCAGUUGGUUAUUAAAGUUUUUAUAGCAUAGCUGAGUAAGUUGCAGAGAAAUAUUAGGAUCAGGUUAUUUCUCAAAAAACCAGUGUUCUUGGAGGCAGGAGCAGAAGAUCACCUAUUUUGAUGCCAGUCUGGGCCAUAUAGUGAGACUUUGUUUUUAAAAGAAUCAGUAUUGAGCAUCUUUCAUGAGUGUGACCCAUUGUAUGUGUUUAUUUAUGGAAUUUUAGAUCAGUUUGAGGGUUUCAUUAACGUUAGAUACUUAAAUCACUUUGUUCUCCUUCCAAAUCUUAAAUCUUAAGUGGGAAUAAUACCAACACAAACAUAACAAUGCAUUCUUUUAUUUCCUGCCGAGAGUAAUGCAUUAGUUGGUUUAUACUCUGCCCUGCUGUUAUAUAAUGUUCAAGAUCUAAGGUAGUUAUUAGAAAAAUACUAAGACCAACACUGAAGAAACAAAUCUGAUUAGUCACUGUGUAGCCAAGGAUGACCUUCUACUCCUGACCAUCUGUGUCUCUCCCACCUGUGUGCUGUGCUUAAGGCUGUCCCAUCAUGCCUAGCUGAAUCUCUCAGCUUUACAUAAAAUAACAGAGUGAACAUCUCUGUAACAGCCUUCUCAAAGAGAAGGUAUAGGCUUUGUAGCCAACACUUGGCAAUUGUCUCCUGGAAGCUGGUUAGGUGUUUUCGUACAUUGCCUCUAGAAUUGUUCACACUCCGAGGCAAUGGCCAGUGAUAGGUUUGAACAAGUGGAGAGAAGAGGGAGUGUUGCAUUUGUGAAAAUGGAGGUAAACAAAUUGAUCUUUAAUUCUGCUUAGUCAUUUUAGACCACAUCAAUUUAGUAUACAAACCGAAGAUCUUCACAUUGAAGCCCUUAUACGUAUCUGUGUCUGCCGAACCCAUGGGAUAGAUCUUGGUGUUUCCCCAUGAAUAUGAAUACCUCAUUUUAAAGACUAAGUCUGUAGAACUAUUGAACUUGGGGGACAUCUAGCUGUCCCAGUCUUUCCAAUGGCUCCUGCUCUUAGAAAUGGGGAGAUAUAUGGUAUCUAAUCCCUUGAUGUGCCUAUUGGACCAAGACCAUUGGGGCUUCUAUAAUUACUGCUAAGGGGAGGUAUGUUAGCACGUGUUUUUGCGUUGACUCUGUGUUCCCUGUCUGCCCCACUGCCCUCCCACUAGACCUGACUGCACCAAAUGCCUAUUGGGUUCAUUGUCAUAGUUACUCCUUUUUUCUUUCUUUUUUCCACCAAUUUUUUCCAUAGUUACUCUUCAAUUGUGACAAAACACCAAGGCAUAAAAGCAUUUAAUUGGGCUUGCCUUUUGAGAAGGUUAGAAUCCAUGAUGGCAGAAAACUGAUCACUCACAUCUUGAUCUGCAAGUAGGAGUCAGAGAAAGAACCUUGUGAAAUUCUAAAACUUGACCCCCACUGAACCUGUGGUGGCCAUUCUCAUGUAAACCUCCACAUUCCACUCCCUAGCCCCCAUAGGCUUUUGACCAUAUGGUAGUGCAAAAUGCAUUUGUCCAACCUCAGAAAUUCUAUGUUUUAGUUUUGACAUAAUUUAAAAGUCAAGUCAGUCUUCUGAAACCAGAAAUAAAAGAGCAAAUUUUAUUCUAAUACACAAUGGCAUAGAAUAUGCAUCAUCAUUCUAAAAAGUAUAUUCAAGGAAUAGUGAGGAAAUGUGGACCGCAACAAGACUGAAACCCAGCAGAGCAAAUUCUAAAUCCUGUCAUCAUGUCUGGUGUCGGAGAACUUAGAUAAAGCCACCUUUCUUGCUUUGUUGACUGCAACAUGCUUUCUUUGGUUCCAUUCUUGUAUGCAGCUCUCCUUGGCAGGUAACACAUGACUCUGACACCUCUGCAUUUACAAUCUCCCCAUUGUGUGGUCUCAGUGGCUCUCUUUAACCAUGGAGGAAGAUUCCACAACCCCUUUGCUCAUGUAUCCUCCAUGACUCUAUAGCCAGAUACACUGCCAAGUUCUACCUGCUUAGGAGAGCCUGCCUCUCCCCCCCCCCCCCCAGUCACACUUGCAGCCAUUUUGCUUUGUUGUUGCCUUUUUGGAGCUAGAAAAGAAAAGCUUUGGCUUUUUCCUUUCACAAGAGGGAUGCUUAGCUGGGUGGGAUUUUAUCCUGAGGGCAUUUCUCCCUCACUCCAUUCAGAUCAGGCCUCUCCUUAAUCUCAGCCUCUGAGUGCAAGCCUUGGCUCCCAGCAUUAAACUCCCUGGUGCUCUUUCCUGCAUACUCUGUAUAUGAUAGUCUUUCUGCCUCACAUGCUCUUUUCUGUUACUAAUAACUAUGCUGCAGAGUCAGCAUUUGCUCUUUGGAAGGCUCCUCUGUCAAAUUAGUAUGUUACUUUUCACUUAGGUUUAGGCAGCUUCUUAAGACAAGGGCAGAAGGCAGCCACAUGCUUUGCCAAAACAUCCCAAGAACAGUCUUUUUCUCAAUUGCUAAUUAAGUGUUAUCCUCUGAAGCUUCAUGAUCUAGAUUUCCACAGACCACAUGGCUCUUGGCACUACUCUCUUCCAAGCUUCAACCACUUUCUUAGUCCAAAAUCCCAGUCUUCCACAUUCCUCCAACAAACCAUGUGGCCAGGUCUUUCAUAGCAGUGGCCCACUUCUGGUUCCGACUGGUGUCUGGCUACUCUUAAGUGCUGUGACAAAACACUCCAGCCAAGGCAGCAGAGAGAAGAAAGCCUUUAUUGGGGCUAUGGUUUCAGAGGAUUAGUUCAUGAUGGCACCAACAUUGGAGAGCAGAAGGUAGAGAGUUAACUCUGGGAGUGGUGUGGGCUUUUGAAACCUCAAAGCCUUCACUUGUGACACACCCCUACCAACAAGGCCACAUCUCCUAAUCCUCCCAAACCUCCCAAAUAGUUCCUCCAACUGUGGAUCAAAUAUUCAUACAUGAACCUAUGGGAGCCAUUCUCAUUCAAACCACCAGUUUGCAAAGGAGUUCUUUCUUAGCUAUAUCUUGUCAUUGUCUCCAGUUGAUAAUUUCACUAAUUGCAGCAAAUAAAGUAGAAUUUGCCUUUCCUCAGUGGCCAAGCCUUUGCUUUUACCUUCUGCGAGUAUUAAAAGCCCUGUAGCUCCUGUUUGGUGUGAUGUGCAGCCUCUUUGAGAGACUGAUUACAGACGUCUUUAUUCACAUCUCCAUCGUAGUGAGAAUAACAAAGUCGUGUAGAGAUGGUCACAGAUGCCAUCAAUCAUAAUUCCUGCUUCAGAACAGGCUGCGAUGUAUCCAAUCCCCCUGAGUGGAACUAAGUCUUUUUUUUUUUACUUUAAAAUACUGAGUUUAUUUCACAUGUAUAUUUUUGUCUCCCUACCAUUUCCACAUCUGACCUAUUCCAUAAUACUUAAAACCAAGUAAAGGGUGGAGCGCCAUCCUUAAAAACUAAACAGGCAUUUUAGACAACAUAUUCUUGUCAAUGGAAUCUGGACAACAUUUAACAAACACAGUAGGGAAAUUUCUCACUUUGCAUUAUAAAAAGGACAGCCAGAUAUAUCAACUGUUACAGAAAUUAAGACGGAAUAUUUCAAAGUGUUUAAACCGUUUUCUUAAAAGAGACUUCCUCCACUGCUGGAGAUCUUGAAUAACCUCCUGGUCAGUCAUCUGGAAGCAAUUCUUCACAUAAUUAAUGAACUUGGCUUCCACUUUGGGAAGAGAGCCACCUUUUUUUAUACUUGCUUGCGUUUUUGCUGUAAUGUCUUCUACAGAACUAGGUCCUUUUGGUGUUUUAGGUUUUUUUUUUUCUUUCCUGUUUUUUGAAGGACUCUUGACCUUUUGAUCUUGGUGUUGAUGGUUUUAAGUCUUUUCCAUUUUGGUUUGAUUUUUGUGCAUUUUUGGCUGGGGUAUCUUGUCUGUACGAUUUGGGAGGAUUUCUUCACUGGAACUUUUUCUUCAGCUUCCUCAUCUUCAUCAUCCUCAUCAAGUUUUACUUUUUUCUGUGGAACCUUGUUGCCACCUCCAGGAGCAGAUCGCUUUCCAGACAUACUCAAUAGCUUUACAUCCUUCUCAUCUUCAUCUCUGACUCUGAAUCUUCCUCUACAGCUACCAGGUGCUGCCCACUAAUGUGCACAGGCUCUGAACCACACUUCAACCUUAAGACCACAGGUGGUGUUAGGAACUGAGUCCUUUUCAGUUCCAAGAACUGUAUUCAAAAUAGAAUGUAUUUUAAGUCAUCCCAAUGCUCCUCAUCUUUUGGGGCAGGAUCUUGCUGUUUAGCUAUGACUGGCCUAGGCCUCACCCUGUAUCUCAGGCUGGCCUCAACCCUGCAGUGAUCUUCCUGCUUUGCCUCCCGAGUGCUGAGUUUAUAGGCAUGUCCUGGUUAAAUUUCUUACUUUGGUUGUCAUUUAAGUUAGUAUUGUGAUCAUACUAACUUUGAUAGAAAGUCAGAGCAGAGGUGACAGGUGAAUGGAAAAGGCUCCUCACUGUUACCUUAUACACGGUGUUAGUAUGCUUAUGUGUCAGACUAGAAGUCCAGGCCAAGCCUUUACACUGGUGUCACUGCCUCCCUGGCCCAUCUAUGUCAGAUUUCCCAGUGAGGGCUGGAACUGGUGGAUCAGAGCAGCCAGGCCAGCCUUCUGACUGCCACAGAAUUGUGUAAUAGCACGUUUUACUGCCAAGCAUUUGUGAUUUGUGUAUAUUUAGAUGUAUGUGAUACUUUGCAUGGUUGAGAGAACCAUGCCAGUUCAGUGUAAUGGUUCCCUUGAAAGUCUUGAUUGAGGAAUUGGUGGAUGUUUCCAGUUCCUUAAUGUUACCUGGUUGGUUCUUUUUAGAAAGGAAGAACCUUCCAGACUAGCUAUUUGUCAGUGUUUUUGUUUUGUUCUGUUCCCAUGAUGUUCUGUGAACUCUGAAAGUACGUGGCUUUAGAUACUGUGACUGUUAUUUUUCCUUUUAGCCUAAAUUGUAGCUUCAGCCUAAAGAAGACUAUUUCCUGAUGCCUCCAACCAACCUUUCAUGUAUGUUCACACUAUCUAGAUUGAUGCUACCUUUGCUCAAAAAUUUUAGAUAAAGAAUUAGCUGUUUAGACUCUUCACUUCAAAGAUAAACCCGGAAGCUGUCCUCUGUGCCAAAAGUAAAGUGUGCAAUGUUUACAGAUGGGUGGAAUUUUGCACUGCCAUAGGGAAUGGUGAGGUUAUAUCACCGGAUUCCCUGGAUUUAUGAGUAGAUAGUUGCUGUUUAUGCUUAUGAGAGGCGCUGUGGAGCCUUCUGAGUCUAACCUGGAAAUGAGUAUCUGAGACCCGUGGUUGAAGUGACUCACUCCCUAGACCUAACUUGGGAGCAGUUUCCAGUUUGUUUGGAGAUGCUUUUUCUAUUGACAGCUCUUUGUUGUCUGCAGUUACUAUGUGCUUCCUUUAGAGGAGCUGCCAGCCCUUCCCUCCUGGGGGAGAAUGUUGUGUAGGCAUUUUGAGAUCUUUUGAUGUAAUAAAUGUGCAAUCCCAAGUAA